GGCCGGGCUGUAAGGACGAUCAACUCUGGGGGGGCCUGGGGGCCUGGGGGGGGCGGGGUGGCCGGGGGAAAGAAGUUUGCCAUGCAGAACCUGAACGAGCGUCUGGCCUCCUACCUGGAGACAGUCAGGAACCUGGAGCAGGCCAACGGCAAACUGGAGCUGAAGAUCAGAGAGGCUCUGGAGAAGAGAGGACCAGACCUCCACGACUACAGCCGCUACCAGGCCAUCCUAGAAGACCUGCGUGAGAAGAUAAUGGAGAUGACGAUAACCAACGCUGGACUGGUGAUGCAAACUGACAACCAUGACCUUGCUGCUGAUGACUUCCGGAACAAGCUGGAGUACGAGAGGCAGGUGCGCCAGGCGGUGGAGGCUGACUUGGCUGAGCUGCGGAAGGUUCUGGAUGACACCAACGUGAUGCGUCUGCACCUGGAGAGCGACAUUGAGUCCCUGAAAGCGGAGCUUAUCACCCUGCAGAAGAACCACCAGGCUGAAGUGAUGGAGCUGCAUGCCCAGGUGUCCCAGUCUGGAGUGCAGGUGGAUGUAGACGCCCCUAAAGGCCACGACUUGGCCCAGAUCAUGUCUGAGAUCAGAGCCAAGUACGAGAAGAUGGCCCUGAAGAACCAGGAGGAGCUGAAAGCAUGGCAUGAAACUAAAAUUACAGAGGUGCAGAUCCAGGUGACAGAGAACACAGCGUCUCUACAGCAGGCCACCGUCACAGUGAGUGACAGUCGCAGGUCCAUGCAAACUCUCCAGAUAGACCUGCAGUCCCACAUCAGCCAGAGAUCCUCCCUGGAGGCUACCCUGCGAGACGUGGCAAUGCGCUACAACCUGGAGAUGGACAAGUACAACAGCAUGCUGUUGCAGCGGGAGGCAGAGCUAACGCAGCUACGCGCUAGCGUCUCCCUGCAGACCCAGGAAUACCAGGCCCUUCUCAACAUCAAGAUGAAGCUGGAGGCUGAGAUUGCCACCUACAGGAAGCUGCUAGACGGGGGGAACUUCAAACUGGAAGAUGCUGUAGAACUGAAGAAAACGUCCCACGUGACGAAGAGUACAAAGGUGUUAACAGUCACCCAGACGCUGGUGGACGGCAAGGUUAUUUCUGAGACCCAGGAUGUCAAGUGAACCGUGGAAAAACAUUAACACAGCCAAGCAUCUCUGCAGCUGCCUUAAUGCUGUGUUAGUUAACCCACCAUCAGUAUUAAUACUGUGUUCAUGUAAUGGAUGCUUCUGUAUCAAUAAACACACCAUCAGUUCACUCAAAGAACAUGGCUCGUUUUCUCGGUUUAGUGUACCUUAUCUGUGGACUGUUGCCAUAGUAACACUGUAUCUGUAGGUUGUUUCUGUAGUAGCAGUGUAUCUGCAGGUUGUUGCUGUAGUAAAAGUGUAUCUGUAAGUUGUUACCAUAGUAACAGUGUUUCCUGGGUUGCAGUGUUGGGUGCCAGGUCCUUCUCCUUCUCUCCUGCCCAGUCCACUCAUCCCUAGUCCCUCUCCCAACCCUGCUGGUUGUCCUGCUCAUUAGUCUGCCUGCUCCAGCUGUCUGAUAAGACCUGACCUGGAGAAUCUGCAGAUCAUGUGGUUGUUUGUGGUAGGGUGAUGAAAGAGCUUCCAGAGGGGUGAACCACCCAGUGGACUCUUCACUCUCAAUAAAGCAGAAAAGCACAGCCAACAUAGCUUCACAGAAAACAUUAAACAACAUUAUUAUAGUUUAAUUUUUACAGUAGCACAGAGCUUAUGUGCUGAUGAAGGGAAUCCCUGGAGGAGUUCCUCUCUUGUUGACAGACGAGACUGGAGGUUCUCUCUUCUCUGGUCCCUCUGUCUCGUCCCUUCAGGGGCUUAGAGCCCUCCCUCCCUCAGGACACACUUGUCUAUUGUUCUUGCCUUUACGCCUUCGUGAAACCAGAGCCAGGACUCUGGAGAGAACACAACAUUCCACAGAAGAGAGACGGGAAAUUAAGAAAGGGUGUGUGUGUAUGCGUGUGUGUUCGAGAGCCAUUGCGUGUCAUUAGAAACUCUGUCUUGCAUAACUUCCAUUCCUGGGGUCCAGUUAGAAGUUGUGUUCAGAGGCUGUAUUUAGAGGCUAUGUUUAGAAGUUGUGUCCAGUUAGAGGCUGUGUUAAGAGGCUUUGUUCAGAGGCUGUAUUUAGAGGCAGAGUUGAAAGGCUGUGUUUAGAGGCUGUGUUAAGAGGCUGUUUUCAGGGGUCAGGGCUGGGAUGCUGAGUCGUGUUAUGCUGAAAGAAGCAGUUUAUCCUCUUCUAUUGUACUCUGCCAGAGGCUCAACAAGCUGCAGUCACACUGACAAGACCAGCAGAAAGAGAGAGAGGGAGAAGGGGAGAGAGAGGGGAGAGGGAGAACCAGUAUAUUCCUCCAGAGGGAGAAAUAGGGGGAGGGACGCAACUUGAGGCCUGUCCCAAAAGGGUUUGGCUACUUCAUUCUGAGGGUGAGUCACUGGUCUGGUCUCCAUGGAAACGGUCUAUAAGGAGAAAACUCGGUGACCUGUCAGACCACAAGCACUCCACCCUUCCACCCCUCUCUCUCUUCCUUUCCAGACUUCCAUCCACCCCUUCUCCCCUCCACCCCUCAAUACCUCCAUACAGAAAGUUAUUUGAGAGUAGUGAGGUUUUUUAUGACAUACAGCAGCAAUUUGCAACAUUCCAGCCUCUGCCCUAAACCCACACAACUACUGGGCUAUUUGCUCACAGUUUAGUGUGUGUGUGUGUGUGUGUGAAAGAGAGAGAACAACAACUUUGUUUCCCAGUAUCAGUAAGGCCUUGUUUGGUCACAUAUGUAUCCUGGAAGGAGAGGAGAGAAGGUAAGGUAGAGGAGGGGAGGAGGGGUGGAAGAGGACAGGCGGGGAACAGCUAAGCUGCAUUAUUGCUACUUGAUUUAUCUGGCAGCCUCACAAACAAGGCUGUCUCUCUCGCUUUGUCUGUGAAUUCCACAUGUAAUAUUUAGGAGUGUUAUGUAGUCACCCGUCCAGCUUGAUACCGAAGAGGAGGAAAGAGGAAAAAGAGAGGAGGAG